GGCACAAUUUUAGACAACUAAAUCGUUGUGCCAGGGUCCAGAGCCUCCCGUGUCAUUGGUGAAUGACCGAAGAUGUCGCACUGUAGGUUGUUCUCCAGGCUGCUCUUGCAGCAGAGCGGUGUCAGAAGCUGCUAUACUGCCUCCAGACAGAACCUUUACAUCAGUAAAGACACCAAGGUGAUCUGCCAGGGCUUCACAGGCAAGCAGGGUACGUUCCACAGCCAGCAGUCUCUGGACUAUGGCUCCCAGCUGGUGGGCGGAGUCUCCCCAGGCAAGGGUGGCAAGUCCCAUCUGGGCCUACCCGUCUUCAACUCAGUCAAGGAGGCGAGGGAGGGCACUGGGGCCCACGCCACCGUGAUCUACGUUCCUCCCCCCUUCGCGGCGGCCGCCAUCAUCGAGGCCAUCGAUGCGGAGAUGCCCCUGGUGGUGUGCAUCACGGAGGGCAUCCCCCAGCAGGACAUGGUGCGCGUCAAACACCGGCUGAUGCGCCAGGGCACCACCCGGCUAAUCGGACCCAACUGUCCCGGGGUCAUCAAUCCUGGAGAAUGCAAGAUUGGCAUCAUGCCAGGACACAUCCACAAGAAAGGAAGAAUUGGCAUCGUGUCCAGGUCCGGCACACUGACGUAUGAAGCAGUGCACCAAACCACACAGGUUGGCCUUGGCCAGUCCCUCUGCAUCGGUAUCGGAGGCGAUCCGUUCAACGGUACGGACUUCAUCGACUGUCUGGAGGUAUUCCUGCGGGACCCAAAGACCGAGGGCAUCAUCCUCAUCGGGGAGAUCGGGGGUGACGCCGAGGAGAAGGCCGCCGAUUACCUCAAGCAGCACAACUCUGGUGCCAGUGCCAAGCCCGUGGUGUCGUUCAUCGCGGGGCUGACCGCGCCCCCUGGUCGCAGGAUGGGUCACGCCGGCGCCAUCAUCGCCGGGGGGAAGGGCGGAGCCAUGGAGAAGAUCGCCGCCCUGCAGGCGGCCGGGGUUGCUGUCAGCAUGUCCCCCGCCCAGCUAGGAAGCACCAUGUUCAAGGAGUUUGAGAAGAGGAAGAUGUUGUAGGUAGUGAGCGAAGGCUCCCUGCCCUUCUGCUCCACCACCACCAACCCUACGCCGCCCACCAACUCCACCCUCUCAGCUCCCCCCCCACCCACCCCUGUUGGCUCACCGAGUGGGGUCGCCCGCACGGCCUUCAGACAGCCUCUCACGGAUCAACUACCGCACACAUGUCUGUGUCGGGCUUGGGUUGCUUAUGCAACUCAACGAUUUCUUUCCCUCGCCCUGUGAUGUUGUUCUAAUCUCGUUGUGAAGGAAUAAAAUCAUUUUCCAUCUUAACGGUAUUGGAAU